CGCCUGUUGAAGGAAAACCCAUCUGCGCGAUUAUCUGCCUGUUUCAGUGCAUUCGGUCAAAGCUUCAGCCAACUCAUCCUGAGAUCCACAAGUCUGGUCACUCAUCGGUCCUAUACACCGUUUUUUUUUUUCAUUUAGCAUUAUAUAGUCAAGAUACCUCUUUACCACCCCGACCCCCUAGUACACCCCACCACCACCACCACCACCACCACUACGUUCACGAAACGAAGCAAUUCUCUACUUACGCUGCGAGAAUAUAUAGGGCUCGAUUGCAGUUCGAAGAGACCGGGCAUUAACCCUGUAUCCUCCAGCAUUAAAAGUAUACCCACCAUGGCGUCUGUUCCUGCUCGUGUCCAGAAGCCUGCCCCGCCCUUCUCAGGGACCGCUGUUGUCGAUGGGGUAUUCGAAGAGCUGAGCCUAACAACAUACACAUCCACCAAGCAAUGGCUCGUCCUCGGCUUCAUACCAAUGGCAUGGACAUUCGUCUGCCCGACCGAAAUCAUCGCCUUCAGCGACGCCGUCGAGCAAUUCCAGAAGCGUGGCGCCAGCGUCGUCUUCGCCAGCACCGACAGCGAGUACAGUCUCCUAGCCUGGAACAAAACGAGCCGAGCAGACAACGGACUCGGCGGGAUCAAGAUCCCCCUGUUGAGCGACAAGAACCUCAAGCUGAGCAAGGACUAUGGCGUCUUGAUUGAGGAGGAAGGCAUUGCGUUGCGCGGCAUCUUUUUGAUCGACCCUAAGGGCAUAGUCAGACAGAUCACUAUCAACGACUUGCCCGUCGGCCGCAGUGUGGAUGAGACCCUUCGCCUCAUCGACGCAUUCCAGUUCACCGACAAGUACGGCGAAGUGUGCCCCGCGAACUGGAAUCCCGGAGCCGCGACCUUCAAGGCGACCAUUGCAGGAAAGAAGGAGUACCUCGAUAAGCUGUACGCCGACACGCAAAUGAAAGCGGCUGGAGCUAACGGAAACGGCACCCACUAACUCGGAGAGGUCCUCAAGAAGAUACAACGGGAGGUGAUGACUCCAAAGUCCAGAUGUCCGUUGUUAUAGAAGUAUAGAGGUCUAGACGAUUUUGAGCUUCCCCGCAUUUUGCCAAAGCGUUGGGUACGGCGCAUAGGCCUUUUUGGGGCAAUAUCUACUGACCAGCUUUCGUUGGUGUGUAGUUGUGCACUUCACUCAUGAUAGAAAUUAAUUGAAAUAUCCUGGUAUCGUUACA